CUCCAGAUUUGCGACCACCAGCGAAAAGCGUGUCUUCAAGAGGCGGUCCAACAAUAAUUGCUCCUCUAUCAGUGCGCUGAACCGUCGGUCAUGUUAUAGUGUCAUCGCACGUCCUCACCAUGGCUCCCGCGCAAUCCUUUGUUACCAGCUAUCCCCCGCGGCUUCGUCAAUAUGCGAACACCCUACUCCAACCUGUCCUCCAAACUCAGAAUGUCGGCCCCGGAAGUCGCACGACAAAGCGAGGAACCACGAUAAUCAACUACGCCGACGACGCCUACGACGACGAUGACUUCGAUGACAGCGAGACCUCGAGACGACCAACCGGUCUGCGAUCGCUACGCCGCGAAGAUCUCGAGAAAAGAGAGCCGCAACAUGAAAAGUUGGGAAAGGAAAUAUACCAACCUGUGGCUCUGCAGCCCAUCUACAGAGAUUGGAUAGUCAGAAGAACAGUCAGGCCCACGACCGACGCCCAAGCCAAUAUCCAAGCACAGCUCCCGCUCACACUGAUUCCCAUACGAAUCGAUCUCGACGUACCCCAGCACCAGCCGGAUGCUCCGUAUCCAUUCCCCCCGCGAGGCAUGGACAUGGGCCUCAAUCCAGCCCUGCCACUCUUCAAGCGGCCUGAACCCGCGCCUGGUUACAAAAUUCGAGAUAUCUUCUUAUGGAAUCUGCACGAAGAACUGCUUACUCCCGAUGACUUUGCUCUGAACUUCGUGCGAGAACUUGACCUACCAAAUCAGACUGCGCUUGCGAUGAACAUCAGCCAGCAGAUACGGAAUCAAUUAGAAGAUUAUGCCGGGGUUGCAAUGCAUCCACUGUUCCACACUCAGGCAAAGAAGGCACAGAUGCCGGACGUAAACAAUGCUGGAACACCCUCGGCGAUGGUGAAUGGAAGUUCGCGGGAUGGAACUCCGCGACCUCCUCGGGGUGCAUCAAUUUCUCGACCAGCCUCAACUACGCCUGCCACGCCGGCUCCUUCUACUCCUCGGCCAGCCACGCUCACUAAUGGCGCCGCUGUAACGGCCAUUGCUUCUCCACUGCCAGCAGAUCCGGUGAUCGUACCAGACGAUUCGACUGAAGACCCGUAUAUGAAUCCGGAUGAUUCUUUUCGAUGUAUUAUCACCUUAUCAAUAUACCUUUCCUCCAGGCUCUACCAAGACAAAUUCGAAUGGUCGUUAUUGCAUCCUCCUGGCGCCGCCGAAGCGUUCGCGAAGCAGACAUGUGCGGAUAUGGGCCUGAACGGAGAAUGGGUCAUGGCUAUCACCCAUGCCAUAUAUGAAGCAGUUCUCCGACUGAAGAAGGAAGCCUGCGAAGGUGGAAUGAUGAUGAUUGGGGGAGGUGCAUGGGGCGGUGGUGAAGUGGACAAUCAAGCCAUCCGAGCCGAGGAAGGAGCAGGUUGGAGAUACGACAUUGACGACUUUGGUGCGGAGUGGGAACCCAAGUUUGAGGCCCUUAGCAAAGAGGAGAUUGAGAAGAGAGAAGGUGAUCGAGAGCGACAGUUAAGACGCCUCCGAAGGGAGACUGCCAGGUUCAGUUCUACGGCUGGCAUGGUCCCGUCUGCACGAGAGCAGGAAGCACAGUUACGCGGAAGCUACUUUGACUAUACUGCCGUCGGGACCGGAGGUGAGGAGACACCAUCACUUGGUCGUGGCGAACGAAGCAAGAAGAAACGAAGAUUUCGAUCUCUCAGUCCUAUUGGCAAAGCGCAAACUCCCGAAAGUUCCGCCAGUGCUGCAUGGGGAGGAGAAGGCAACCGGUUGCAAGAAUAUGAAAGACAGACGUGGAGGUGCAAGCAUUGUCUCAUCUGGGGCAAUGCCGUGUGGGCGGUCAGAGACGGACCGCUAGGGCCAAGGACGCUUUGCAAUAAUUGUGGUCUCAUCUUCGAGAGAGACAAGAAGCUCCCAGUCUGGGCCGAAGGACUGCACAAGCAUGAUGUUCCGCUGGGAAGAUAGGUUUCCAAUUUUGGAGCGGCAUGGAAGGCCGCAGGGUUUGUGAUUCCGCGUUACAUCACGGUGCUUGCUCUGUGGACCUAUUUCGCGGUGUUUAGGACAGUGGUAUGGUUCUUGCGCUGGGCUGGACGAUAGCCCGGCGCUGAUUUACUAAGAAGCGUUACAGGGGCAAUACCGGUACACAGCAAGGCGUUGGUUGGGCCAGGCAUGACGACUUUGCAUUGAAGAUCAAAAGGAAGAGGUGUAAAACAGAGGUGAAGAUGCCAAUAUGGUUCAAUCAGCUGGAGAGAAGACCAUGGCAUCGAUACUCCAACCCCUACUCCGUACUGAUAAUCUGAAUUGAAGCCGCCAUUACGGAAU